AUGGAUGCAAGUUCUCAAAUGCUAAAACCCAAAAGGCAGAAGUUGGAUGGGGGAGAAGAGAAUCGAGAGAUGGAAGGAGGCAUGAAGAGUUUAAGCAAUUUACCUGAUGUGGUUCUUGAAAAAAUCCUCUCCUUGCUUUCGACAGAGAAUGCUAUCAGAACAAGCAUACUUUCGAAAAGAUGGGAAUACCUAUGGACAUCAAUUCCCACACUCAACUUUUUUCAAGGGACUCUUAAUAAGAGAACUGCCAUGGUGAAUGCUGUGGAAAGAGCACUUAUGCUUCGUCGUGGUGUUGAUAUAAAAAAGUUUACUCUUUGCUUUGAAGUGCUUGGUGAUACAUCUCUUCUUAAUCCAUGGAUCUCUUAUGUUCAUAUCAAGUCUUACAUCUCUGCCAUAGUAAGGCUCAAUGUUGAAGAGCUUUUUCUUGGCCUGUAUAGCUUGAAUGGACCGCUUUGUUUGCCUCAUUCUUUGUUUAGUUCCUCAACACUGAAGGACUUGCAACUAGAUGUGCCCUUUAUUUUCAAAGUUCCUUCUACUGUUUGUCUCUCAAGUUUAAGGAGAUUGACACUUAGGUCUGUGGUGUUUUCUGAUGAAUACUCUACCCAGCAACUCUUUUCUGGUUGUCCAGUUCUUGAGAAAUUAUCUCUACAUAACUGCAAUUGGGGGAAUCUCAAGUUUGUGAGUAUUUGUGCUCCAAAGCUUUUGAGAUUGAUCAUAAAUGAAAGUGAUUUGCAAAUUUCCAAAGAUGCAGGCGGUUGCCGGAUUAUGGUGUUUGGUGUCAGUCUUACAUAUUUUUCUUAUGCGGGUGAAUUCCUAAAUGAAUAUACCUUUCAUAGCUCAUCAGUAAAUCAGGCUGAGAUUAAUGCUUGUCCUACUAAGAUGUGGAGACAUUUGAGUUACCGAUUGUAUAAGCUUUUUAGAGGGCUAUCUAGUCUGAAGAUACUAACUACCUGUUCUUAUUUCUUUAAGGUCAUGCUGGCUAAUGUAUCAGAGCUGCUUGCCCAGAUGCCCUUGUUCAAUGAUCUAACCACGUUGGUAUUGGAUUCAGUACGAGUAGAUCUUGGUUGUGAAGGACUAUUGAGGAUGCUCCAAAACUGUCCCUGUCUUCAAACUCUCGUAUUCAGUGAGGGGAUUAGCCUGUCCUCUGGUGAUGCAAAUGAUGAUGGGGUUUUGGACCCACUGCCUCCUUGUUUCUUGAUAAGUCUCAAAGAGAUUAAAGUCUAUGCAUUUUAUGGAGAUGAGGAUGAAAUUUAUGCAGUAAAGAGUUUGCUUAAGACUGCAAUGGUAUUGGAGAAGGUGAUUGUAACUUUCGCCAAGUCUCUUGAAGGAGGACCAGAGGAGAUAAAUGAUGUUGGCAGACAGUUGAGUGAUUUCCCAAAGGAGUCAGAAAUCUGUGAAAUUGUUCUUCAGUACUGAGUUUUUAAUUUGUACUCUAGACUUUUAACUUGCUUCAACAUGCUUUCGUUUUGUAACCUGCUGAUGGGCAAUGAUCUUCUGUUACUUUGGCUUUGUAAUUUGUUAUGAUCUUGUAUCUUCCAUGCAGAAAUAUCAGAACUAGGCUAGAGAGAGAAUGAGAGAUGAAUAGCCUGCUGCUGAUUAUU